UUUUGACAGUGAUUCAUCCACACCGCGACUCCACGUAUUUUCGUAUUGCGUGAUGGCACACGUCAAGCCACGCGUGAUUGCUCAGCGCAUGCACCUUCCUGCGUAAAAUGGCAGUGCUCAGUUCAACGCGUUCGCGUGCAGCUGUUCGACAGCUUCUUCACAGUCCAAGUCCUGUUUCCGUAGCCCAUUUCGUUUCAGAGUGGUGGUGUGGUUCAGUUUUACGUUGCAUGAUAUUCUCCUGUUUGAAGCAGUUAGCUGUGGUGUACGCCUUGUAAACUGUGGCCAUCGUCUUCUACGUCGUCGACUUCAUGAAGGUGUAUUGCCGUAAUGGAGGAUUUCCCUGGCGAGUACUGCCGAGAAGCUGGCCUUACGACGCAACUGCUGUUGGACGCUGCUACAAGUGAGUUCGAUGGAGGCCGUCGUCGCUCCAAAAGGCUGAGGGGUGACAAAAAUACACCCGUGUCCAAUGGCUUGGUACUUGAGCUUGCAGCGUUCAUGACCAGCAAGAAACUGCCGUGGUCAGCCCUCCAUACCUGGCUCUCAACGGUCGAGGAAACGUUGCUGUCCUGUACUGCGAACGCCCUCACUGCCAAGGUGAGACGGCUUCAGGCAGCCAGAACCAAGCUGCUCAAAGCAUCCGAUCACAAGUCUCUGUCCACACUCUGCAGUGAGGAAUUUGCAUACCCUCAAAGCCAAACACGACCAGAGCAUUAUUCUGGCACUACAUCUGUGCAUGCGUGUAGUGGUGGUACUACUAGUAGUGAAGAUGGAAUGGGUGAUGUUGACCGAAAUACCAGUGGCAGUGAGAUAUGUUCUGAAGCACAGGGUGAAGGACAUGCAGUGGAUGCAAUGCAAACUGAAGACUCAGUUACCUUGCAGUUGCAGGAUAGGUUGCAUGCUUCACAAAGCAAAAUUCGGAAUCUUGGGAAGAAAUUACGCCGCCGAGAUGACCAGUUGAUCAAGUAUGAUGACCAGUUGGCCAGGCUUGGUGAAAGAGUGGAGGGGGAGGAGGAGAGCAAGGAAGAUUUGGAAGAGCAGUUGGGCAGUGCAUUAGAAACAGUCGAAACCCUCAGGCGUAAGCUCAACAAUGUGUACUGCAGAGUUUCAUACGAGAAAUCUAAGAGCUCCAGCACAAGUUCUGCCGUGAGUGACGUGACAGAAGAGCUUCUUGCUUGUGGGCAAAGGGAGAAGGAACUAAAGAGAACAGUGAGUGCAUUACAGGCUGAGUUAGAUGUGGAACGGUCCAUGCAGCAGUGCCAGCACAUUACAGCGAAGGUGGAUGGUGAAUACACACCAGAGGUGCGUCAGUGCUGCUAUGACCUCCUUGCAAAGAACGUGGGUGUGUGGAAUCUUGGGUCUGUGAUACGUUCAGUUUUGCGCUUAGCAAAUGUGGGAAUUUCGGAAGUUCCAUCUGCAGCUACUGCCUCCAAGAUGUUGGUAGAGUUACGGCAAAUUUCACAGUUGCAUGUAGCUAGUACCGCUUCUGAUGCUCAGUUCACAACCAGCCACAGUGAUGGCACGUCGAAGCAGGGUACCAGCUUUCAGAGCUUCCAGCUGGCAACCAAUGAAAAAGCAUACAGCCUGGGUAUGGUUGAAAUGAAAAAUGGUACAGCCAAGCAUGUGUUUGAAAUGUUCAAGCAAGUUCUGGGUGACAUUGACAGUGUAGCAUCUGCUUCAGGCCAGACCGAUGUAGCAAAGCACAUUGUAAAGAACAUGAAGAAUACAAUGAGUGACAGGUGCGUAGUUCAGAAGUCCUACAAUGUUCUAUUGGAGGAAUACCGCAAGGACAUCUUGCCUGAUGUUGUGGAUGGUUGGGAAGAACUCAGUGAAGAUGAGCAGGCUACCAUGGGAAGGGUCAACAAUAUUUAUUGUGGUAUGCACUAUAUUGUUGGCUUGGCCGAUAGCUGCACAGCUGCUCUGAAAUUGUGGGAGGUUGCACACUUUGGGAAAGAUGUCCGAGUUGGUGCUGAACUUCUCCAUGGCACGUGGCAAGGGAAUGGUGGCGUUGCACGGCUCAUCUAUUCAGCUUCGAAGGCAUUUGAAAGGCAUGGCGAUGAGGCUGCUGGUUGUGUGGCUGACUUUCACGCGUUUCUGUCAGAAACCAACACCAAAUUGCCCCUGGAGGAGUAUAGAGGAAACAGGUCAUAUGUGGUGUUCAGGAAUGGUGCUGGUGUGUAUUACCUCCAUGAAAAAAUGUUGCAUUUUCUCACGGAGGUAACUGUGAGGGAUAACCAGUUGUUACGUGCCGUGAAGGCUGAUUUGGGUGUGGCAGAGUUUGUGGCUGGUGCUAGAGCGCUUGGUCUGCUGUCGAAGCUGGUCAUUGGUCCGUUGUGGUGCCUGCUGGAAGACCCGAAGGUGUCAAUUCUCGAGGUCAGCAAGUACUACACUGAGCUGAACAGCAAUCUCCUGAAGUGGUCUACUGACGCAAGCAACCUGUUAGAUGGCAGUGCUCGGCCAUUCUCCGACGCCAAAGUGUCCGUCGUCUGUGAUGUCUACACCGCGCUUGUCGAGCCAUCGGAGGUUUCUGAUGCCCUCACUCUGGAGAUUCUAGCGUACCUGUGUUCUACCCUGGCAGCAUUCACAACACGACUGCUGGCGGAUCAUCUACCGGGUGGGAAGUACCAUCAUGCGCCAACACUUGCCACUGAAACUGCUUCGGUACAGAAGACUAAUGCCAUUAGCGAGCGAGAUUUCGCCCAGCUGGAUCGCCUGAAACGUGAGAAACCGAAUGCGGCAACGGUGGCAUUGGAGGGUAUGAUCAUGUUUGCCAACAAUGAAACAACCGAUUGGCUCCGAUCUCUGCCACCAUCUGAACAUGCCCGGCUAGUGGAAGUUGCUCGGUCAACUGCCCCAGCUGCUCGCCAGCAGUUUAAGGACAGAAGGCUAGCCAUCCAGCAACAUCGUCUGGCGGAGCUGAAGCGCAAACAGAAGGAGAAGGAGGCUAAGCGCCAGGCUGACAUUGCUCGCCAGGAACAAUUGACGAAGGCCAUUGAGCCAUACACGCUGUGGACAGGCACGACCAACAUCGAGGAGGAACUGGCCAAGUUGACAUCAGUCACUCGCCAGAGGGAUGCCUUGCGGGCCCAGCUCCAGUUCCGGAAGUUUGUUAUUGGGCAGAAUUCGGCGAAAGAGCUGUUCUACCUGAGUAGUGGUGGCCGUGUCCUGCCGAUUCCAACACUCGUCAGUAACCUGAAGAAGCUGAUAGGUGAAAGCACCACACCUGGAGGCAGUGCCACUGAAGCGAGCUCGUCCACUGCCAACCAGUGACCUGCUGUUGAAGGAACCUGCCUACUCCGUCUGUUUAUACAUUUGUACAGUCAAUAACAAUUAUUUAUUCUUCUGUGUGUGUGUGUGUGUGUGUGUGUGUGUGUGUGUGUGUGUGUGUGUGUGUGUGUGUGUGUGUGUGUGUGUGUGUGUGCCUGCAGUUGGAUCCCGGGACGGAUACCCUGAUGCCGUCAAUCCUUUUUCUGCACCUUGUCCUCACCCACUUACUGAGGUGUGGUGAGCCCAUAAGUGGGAUCAUUUCAAGUCCACCCUAGUUUGGGGAUUUCAGGGGGUGUCCUCCGUUGGGUGGUUCAAUGGCCAAUUGAGUCAUCUUUCCAAGAUUCCUUUUGAGUCUCUCUCCCCUCUCCCGGGGAGACCCACGUGACCAGUUUUGGCAGUGAGCAAGUACAAGUACAAGUGUGUGUGUGUGUGUGUGUGUGUGUGUGUGUGUGUGUGUGUGUGUGUGUGUGUGUGUGUGUGUGUGUGUGUUGAUUAUGACGAUGAUCUUGGUGCGCCUACACAAUGCUCAUGUUGUGCGACUCCGCCUUUUAGUCAUGCGUGCGGUGAUUGUGAAUAUGAUUGGUCUAUUUAAUAUUGCUUUAGUUUUCUUUGCUUCCGCUGAGUGCCCUGUUCCCAGCAAGCCCAGGUCUUCACUUUGACACCCUACUUGUUCCACUGUGCUUUUUGCUGGUGUUGAAUUGGACCAUGUUGCUUUGCGUUUUCCUGUCAAUGUUGAUGGCCGGCGCAUACUCGCUCUCUCUCUCUCUUGUAGAAUUUUUGGUUGCACUGCCAUGCAUUGGUGAACUGAAGUGCUUUGUAGCCUGCAGCAUGUGUUGGUACUGUUGUCCCGUUGCUGUAUUACUAUUUGUCGAUCUGUGGUCUUUAGUACUCCAAGUAUGUUGCUUUCUAGUGGACUUCUUGCAUUAAUCGCUUGGUUGCUAUGGUGGUUGCUAAGGCCCAUAUUUAAAAUUUGGCCGUUAAAUUUGAAUUUUGACGGUAACCCUAGGUUUUGUGGAGGGGGGCAAUCAAGCAACUAGAAAAUCUAAGCAAUCUGAGCUUUUUUUUCCGUUGCCAUGCUGGUUGCUAUGGACGGCCGAAAACAGUGCAUGUGCCAUAUCCUCAAUGUAAAGACUAUGCACGUAUAGUGUGAAUAGCACGGAACUUCAAAAGACCAUAACUUUGGUAUCCCUUGGAAUUUUGACCUGAAAUUUUCUCUGCAGUCUUGUAAUAUGUUGGUCUUUCAGAUAAAACAGACCUUUGUACUUAAAUCUCUUCCAAGUAAAACCACCUAAACUCCCUACGUACAGUAGGGUAGUGACACAGGACAUGAGAACAAACAAGAGAGUGUAGCAGUUGCU